AUGUCGUCCGUCGUCGAAGCUGCCGCCACCGCGACCGCCCGCGCGGCCGACUCCAACCCCGACAUCUCCCCCGUUCUCCUCCCCUUCAUCUCCCUCCUCUCCUCCUUCCUCACCCAGCUCACGGAGCUCUUCCACCGCAUCCCUGGCUCCCCGAUCAUCCUCCGCUACAUCAAGAGCAGCUACCAGAAUGACCCCUACCGCUCCCUGCUCGAGGUCCUUCUGUUGGCCUACGCCAUCCGCACGCUGCUCAUGGGCCGCACGCGCGGUGAGGGUGCUGAGGGAGCGCUCAAACUGUCCGAGAAGCCGCUCAGCCACGGUCCCACUAACGCAGCACAGGAGGUCGACGAGCUCAUCGAUGACUGGCAGCCGGUACCGCUGAUUAACGACCUGAGCGAGCUCGAGAGCAAGACGCUCGAGUCGGUUCCUACGAUCUACGGACAGAAUGGUGCGCACGCCAGGGUGACCCCGAACGGAAAGCCGGUGCUCAACCUGGCGGUCACGGACUGGCUCGGAUUCAUGGAGAACGACCACAUCAAGGAUGUUGCUAUCGGAACGCUUCGCGAGUACGGCGUCGGAUCGUGUGGACCGAUGGGUUUCUACGGUACGAUCGAUGUGCACACUGCGUUUGAGCGCGAUGUCGCCGACUUCCUGGAUACGGAGAGCGCCAUCAUCUACUCGCAGAGCUUCCUGACGACCUCGUCUGUUAUCCCGGCGUUCGCCAAGCGUGGCGACAUUAUCAUUGCGGACCGCGGUGUCAACUUUGCGAUCCACAAGGGCCUGCAGCUGUCCCGUUCGACGAUCCGGUGGUACGCGCACGGCGACAUGGAGGACCUCGAGCGCGUGCUCACUUCGGUGCAGCGCGAGCUGAAGCGCAAGGGCGGCAAGCUUACCAAGCGCUUCAUCGUGACUGAGGGCAUCUUCGAGAACGACGGCAUGAUGUCGGACCUUCCGCGCAUCUGCGAGCUCAAGAACAAGUUCAAGUACCGCCUGAUUCUCGACGAGUCCAUGUCUUUCGGUAUGGUUGGCAAGCACGGACGUGGUAUCACCGAGUUCUACGGUGUGCCUGCGGGUGAGGUCGAAAUUCUUGUUGGCUCCAUGGCGAACUCGCUCGGUGCCGGUGGUGGCUUCUGUGCUGGCUCGCAUCACGCUGUCGCGCACCAGCGUAUCAACUCUGCCGCUUCCGUCUUCUCGGCUGCGCUCCCGGCGAUGCACGCGACCGUCUCGUCUGCGGCCGUCAAGAUGAUGGAGGAGAACGCGGGCCUGAUCCCGACGCUGCAGGAGAACAUCCGUGCGUUCCGCACGCAGCUCGCCAAGCUCGAGCCCUCCUCUCCGUUUGCCGAGAAGCGCAACGGCGACAACCCCGAUGCGCUCAUUUCGAUCCCGUCGCACCCGGAUUCGGCGCUCAUCCACAUCUUCCUCAUCAAGCCUCCCGGCACGCUCGAGCAGGAGGAGGACCUGCUGCAGGAGAUUGUCGACGAGGCGCUCGCGAACGGCGUCCUCGUCACGCGCGCCCGUCGUCUCCGCGGACAGGAGAUUUUCGACCCCGAGCCCUCGCUCAAGGUCUGCAUCUCUGCCCUGCCAUCCAAGAAGGAGAUGGAGCGCGCGGGCAAGGUCCUCCGGGACGCCAUCAUCAAGGUUGCGGGCAAGCGAUGA